CAUGACCAACAUGGUAUGUCUAAUUGAGAUUUUUUUUUAAAGCAGUGAUUGUGAACUGUGAGAGCCACUCUUCAUUGAAUAACUCAUCUCAGCUUGCUUUAACUCUGUUUCUAAAAGACAGUUACAUUUUUGGAGAGCACUAGUGCUUGUCACCAUCUAUGAUUGAAAACAUUUCAACUGAUAAUUGACAGCAUUUAGAAAUGGCUCCAGGUGUAUCCAGUUGUCAGUAUAGAGAAGUUCCUCUGUCCAUCUCCUUCUCUGGAUCCGGAUUCCUUGCCACCUACCAGUUAGGGGUUGCCCAGUGCUUACUAAAUUAUGCACCCAGGAUUUUGCAUACAGCACCUUUUGUUGUUGGUGCAUCUGCUGGAUCUCUGGUAGCAGCUGCUGUGGUCUGUGAAAUGAGCCUGAUUAACAUUCGAGAUGAAAUGCUGAAUUUUGCGAAACAGAUGAAGUCUUUUCCACUUGGACCAUUUAACCCCUCAAUCAAUGUUUUCCACUGGUUAAAGAAUGUUUUACAUAAACAUCUUCCUUCUGAGGCACACCAAAUGGCCAGUCGACGUCUCGCUGUGGCUGUAACCCGCCUGUCUGAUGGCAAGACCUCUGUCAUAUCUGAAUUCCACUCCAAAGAGGAUGUGGUACAAGCUCUGCUAUGUAGCUGCUUUGUGCCUGGGUACUGCGGUAUGCUGCCUCCAUCCUUCAAAGGAGAACAUUAUAUGGAUGGAGGUUUCAGCAGCAUGCAACCUGUACUACCUCCACUCUGCAGUCACACCUUAACAGUGUCUCCAUUUUCUGGAGAGACAGACAUCUGUCCCCCAGACACACCGUGCAUGUGGGACGUGGUAGUGAGUGGAACCACCUUCAAAGGCAACAUGGCUAACAGUAAAAGGGUCAUCAAUGCCCUGUACCCCUUGGCUUUAGAGACCCUGGAACAAGCAUACCAUAGUGGCUACAAAGAUGCCAUUAAUUUUCUUCUGAGCAAUGUAUUGCUGGGCAACCAGAUGAUGUAUCUCAGCAUGUUUGGACUUCCUGCAAGAAUCUUAUCCAAUUUGCUCCUGCCUCUCAUGCUGGCAUUCUUUGCAGUGCUCAAGAGUAGCCACAGGCAGGCUCCAGACUUGGUUUACUGGAUUUGGCGUGUCUUCAGACAUUAUAACUUCUUUCUUUUCAACAUUAUUGUCUGUAGCCUCAAGAAGAACAUAAAGGACAGAGUAAUGCCCAUCACCUUGCUGUUGCAAUGGCUGAAACUUCAGCAAGAAUAUGAGGUUCCCCAAAGACAGAGGCACUCAACACCUCACCAUAAGCUUUCCUCUUCUGCCCACUCAGAAGAUGCCUGGCACGGUAGUCUGCACAGACGGUUUGUCACCCCAUCAAGCAACAAGAAUUACAGAGAGCCUCUGACUUAA